UAAAAAUUGUUUAGUAAAGUUUUCAGUUUUUUUAUUAUUUCCAAGUUUACUCAAAAGGGUUUCCACAUUUUUCAACAAGCCCCAUCUUUGCUUGAGCUACUGCCCCUCUGCUUCUUUCGACAGGCUAAUUAUAGCUCAGCUUGUGGUAGUAUCUAUUUGCAAUGGCAGAUGGCCAAGAAAAUGACAAGAAUAUUGAAAUAUGGAAAAUGAAAAAGUUAAUCAAAGCCCUUGAAUCUGCAAGAGGAAAUGGUACCAGUAUGAUUUCUCUUAUUAUUCCUCCUGGUGAUCAGAUAUCUAGGAUUACCAAGAUGUUGGCGGAAGAAUAUGGUACUGCAUCAAAUAUUAAGAGCAGAGUGAAUCGUCAGUCUGUCCUUGGUGCAAUUACGUCUGCCCAGCAGAGGCUUAAACUGUAUAAUAAGGUACCUCCGAAUGGUUUGGUCCUUUAUACUGGAACUAUAAUGACUGAAGAUGGGAAGGAAAAGAAGGUAACCUUUGACCUUACACCUUUUAAGCCCAUUAAUGCGUCUCUAUACCUAUGUGACAACAAGUUUCACACGGGACCUCUGGGUGAGCUUUUGGAAUCAGAUGAGAAGUUUGGUUUCAUCGUCAUGGAUGGUAACGGUACUCUUUUUGGGACCUUAAGUGGCAACACUAGGGAAAUCCUUCACAAAUUUACUGUUGACCUUCCCAAGAAGCAUGGAAGAGGAGGUCAAUCAGCUCUGCGAUUUGCUCGUCUUCGAAUGGAGAAACGCCAUAACUAUGUGAGGAAGACAGCAGAGCUUGCUACUCAGUUCUUCAUUAAUCCAGCCACUAGUCAGCCAAAUGUAUCUGGACUAAUACUUGCUGGGUCAGCUGAUUUCAAGACGGAGCUGAGUCAGUCUGAUAUGUUUGAUCCACGUCUUCAGGCAAAGAUACUUAAUGUGGUUGAUGUGUCCUAUGGUGGGGAAAAUGGAUUCAGUCAGGCCAUCGAGCUAUCUGCUGAGAUUCUCUCGAAUGUGAAGUUCAUACAAGAGAAGCGCUUGAUAGGAAAAUUCUUUGAGGAGAUCAGUCAAGAUACUGGAAAGUAUGUAUUUGGUGUGGAUGACACAAUAAAAGCUCUGGAGAUGGGAGCUGUUGAAACUCUUGUCGUUUGGGAAAAUCUUGAUAUAAACCGUUAUGUGCUGAAAAAUAGUGUUACCAAUGAGAUUGUCAUUAAGCACCUAAACAAGGACCAAGAGGCUGAUCAAAGCAACUUCAAGGAUUCUGAAAAUUCAGCUGAAUUGGAGGUCCAGGACAAAAUGCCGCUAUUGGAGUGGUUCGCCAAUGAGUACAAAACCUUUGGUUGUUCACUUGAGUUUGUCACUAACAGGUCUCAAGAGGGGUCGCAGUUCUGCCGAGGAUUUGGUGGCAUUGGGGGCAUCCUUCGUUACCAGCUUGACAUGCGUUCGUUUGAUGAGCCAUCUGAUGAAGGGGAAUAUUUUGAAGAUUCUGAUUAAGCUUAUUUCCGUCUCCUUAGCCCAUAUGAUGGAUAAAGAGAUGCAAUUUGUUGAAAGUUUUGAGGUUAUCUUAGCAAUGAGUCUCGUGCUAUCAUCCUUAGUAUCAAUCACCGAGUCUUUGAUGUUGUUAAAAAUUGUUUGCUUUUCCUUUACAUGUGAAACAGGUUUCAUUUCGGGACUAUCUUCAAUUGGAAACAGGACUUCUUAUUGUUUUGAGCCUAUCUACCUUACACUUGUGAGUUUGCUACUGCUGUUAUGAACUAUGUCUUGCUUUUAAUGGGAUUUAAAUUGCUAGUCUGAA